AUGGCAUUUUUCAGCGGAUUAAAAAAGGUGCUAAUGCUGGCGUUUGACUGGAUUCUGUAUGGAACCGGUGUGGCAGAUACCUGCCAAGUCACUGUCACUCAGCCCACGUUUCAGGAAGUUGAUUACUCCAUGAACAGUGUAUCCCUACCAUGUUCUUUCUCUGCCUCUGAAUGUUCCUCGUCCACACCUGAAGUUCUGUGGUUUCGCUUUUUAACCACCAAACACCAGGAUUUGUGUACUCCUGAAUGCACAGAUCAGCAGAAGUAUGAAGUACAUUUCUCAGGAAAUACCAUAUCACUCAAGAUCAAACACCUGACAAGAGAUGACAGUGCUGUUUACAUUUGUGGAAUAGCAUUUUCAGACUCAAGUUCACCCCAUUCUAAACAAACAGGAAAUGGAACAGUACUAACCAUAACAGGAGCAAAGCAGCUGCACAGUGAUGGAAAACUCAUCUUCAUCUUCAUGAUCGUUGCCUCAUCCUUACUGUUCCUAUACAGCACUACUGUAUUCACAUUCUUUGGGGUCUACAAGUUAAAGCCAAAGCUGCUAAAGAAAAGUGGAAAAGAUGACCAAAGAACAAAGAACUGUAAAAUAAGUAGUGGACGAAAAAUUUUUCAAGCAAUCGCCCAAGAACUUCAAAAGCAGGGGUAUGCUGAGCACUGCCAACAGCCUGAUGAUCUGGAAGAUGACACUGUUUAUCAGAACAGAUGA